AUGAGUGGCCAGUAUUUUGCGACUUAUGUGGAAGAUCUGGAGCAGGAUCCAUUCGAUGCCAUUGAUUUUGUUGAACGAGUUGCAUGGCGAAUGACUGGUGGAGCAGAAACUAUCACUGAUCCUGUAUCGUUGAAGAACAAGUUCGAAGAGGAGAUAGGCAGUCUGCAAAUGUUAUGCGAUCAGUUUCAGAGCAAAAUUGCCAUGUUGGAGAACGAGCUGAACAAGGACAAACGUGAGUAUGUCAAUCAGCUUCAGCGAUUGUAUGAAAGGAACGCUGAGGCUAUUGACAAAAUAAAGCAACUUGACGCGACAAUGCAGACAGUUUCCACGAAAGUUGUGCAUUUGGGAGAUCAGCUUGAAUCAGUUCACCAACCGAGACAACGAGCGCAUGAUGCACUUCAACUAAUCCAGCACUUUGAUGAGUUCCUGUCAGAUCAGCCUCUUAACUCGAUGAUCUUCACCGACCCAGAUAAGAAACUGUACUCGAUUUCACAGGAAUUGUCGAAAGACAAGUUCCUCGCGGUGCAAGCAAGAAUUGCGCACAGGUAUGAAGAAGUAGAACGAUUACUGAUUGAUGAGUUCGGACGUGCUCAGCGUGACGAGAAGAAAAUGGCAGAAGUUGCGAAAAUUUUAAGCGAGUUCAAGGGUUAUUCUCAUUGUGUCGCUCGGUAUGUGGAGUAUAUCCAGUCGCUGUUCCGAAGUGGUACCGACGAUGUCUUAUUCAGAAGCACUCCAACUUGUUCGAACCCACAAACCAAAGAUAGAGGCUAUUUUCCCGAGUCCAACAGCAGUUGUACAAAAACUGAUCCUGAGCUUAUACACGGGAAGACUCAAAGACCACAUUUAUGCGAAAUUACGGGAAUCAUUCUGCGACUAAAUAAGGAACUCGAUGCACUUCAUGUUAGCUCAGAUGCGUCCUUCUUGCCAACUCUGACUCGUUCUAUAUUUGACAGGUAUUUGUCCACUUAUCAGAGUGAAGAGUUGGAUUAUCUCCAUGCCCAGUGCAGCAACAUGCUUCAACGGUUUUAUGAGUCAAAGAAACAUGUGAAGAAGCAAAUUCAUAGUGGAGGUUUGCAAGAGUUGAAACGGGACGUGCAGGCACGUCUCUUAACUGUAGAAACGUAUGGUGGAGAGACCUUCCUGUCAGAAGACGUCGCUAUCAGCAUUUUGCAAGAAACUAAAAAUGCUUUCAAUAGAGCAUCUCAGCUUUGCGAGAAAUCGCGAGGUUCCCACACAGCGAGAACAUACUGGAUAUACUGCUUAGGGAUCUCCUUGGCCGAGCCUAAGACUCCCCCACCUGCCUACUUUUUUGCUGUCGUUUCGCAAAAUACCACGAUAGUGCUUUUGUUGAUGAAACAGUACGAGGAUUCAGUACUUCCUCUAAUAAAGGGUAGCGUCGUUGAACAGUGUGUGGCGAAGAAGUGGUCAACUUCUUUACGCUCACUAGAACAAAAGAUUAACAUGGGGCUGGAAAGACAGCUGAACGCUAUCGUCGGUUAUGUACGAUUUGUUCUCACGUCAGAACAGAAGAAAGCUGAUUUCCGUCCUGAUAACCAGCAAAUCAAUUUGCAAGCAUCUGCGCCCUGCCAGCAAGUUGUACGCUUCCUAGCAGGGCAAGCGGCUGCCAUGGAGCGGGGCUGUGACGGAGGCAAUCUUGUUAUAUUACAAACAGAAUUAGCGAAUCGACUGUACAAGCUUCUGCUCAAUCAUGUUCAGCAGUUCACCUUCAACUCAGCUGGCGCUAUGCUUUUGCUGUGCGAUCUCAACGAGUACCGGAAAUGUGUGUCACAAUGGCGUCUGGAGGCAAACGUGUCCAGGCAAUUCGAGAGUUUGCAUGCGCUGGCGAAUCUUCUCGUGGCUGAUGUCGAUCAAACGUUGAUUCAAGACUUCAUCAAACUUCGUCAUGAUUAUAGGAAUCUGAAGAUCAGCAUGUCGAUGGAAGCUGUUCGUUUGAAGGAAGCGGGUAAUGUAUGUUUCCGUGAAAAGCGUUACCACAAAGCCAUCGAACUCUAUUCGCAAAGUCUACAAAAGCAACUCUCCGCUCCUGUUCUCGGUACUUUA